ACCACACCUGACCCUGGCCAAGCCACGACGAGAGAGAUGGCGCCGUCGUCCAAGCUCACCGCCCUCUUCUUCGCCUUCGCCCUCGUGGCGGCGACGCUGGCGCCGCCCGCGGACGCGAGGGUCCGAGGCUUCAACCAGGAAGCUGCUUCCGAGCCGGCCGUUGCCGGGGAAUCCAAAAUUGCCACCGGAGGCCCGGGACUCCUCGGCAUACUGUUCCCGUUCCUGAUGUUCCCGUUCCUUGGCGGCGGAGGCGGUGCCGGUGCUCCGCCGUCGGCUGGCGGGUUCCCGAUCCCUGCGGCUGGCUCGUCGGGGUCGUCUGGGUCUGGCUUCCAGUUCCCGUUUCCUCUGCCUCUCCCGCACCCUAGCUCGCCCGGAGCUCCGCCGUCCACUGGUUCUGGCUUCCCGUUCCCGAUGCCGUUCCCGUUCCCGUUCCAGCAACCUAGCUCGCCGGGAACCCCACCGUCUCAACCAUCGCCCGCCUCCCCCAGCUCGCCGUCGUCGAGCGCGCCGCCGCCAUCGCCGGCGCCGGAGCAGCCAAAGGAGUGCUUGACGCCAAUGAUGUCGAUGAUGCCAUGCGCGGAGUACCUGACGAACAGCACAAUGCAGACGCCGCCGGCGACCUGCUGCGAGGGGUUCAAGUCCCUGGCGAACAAGGCGGCCAUCUGCCUGUGCCACGGCAUCAACGGCGACCUGAGCAAGCUCCUCCCCCUGCCCUUGGACCUCAUGAAGAUGAUGACGCUCCCCAACACCUGCCGCGCCACGGUUCCUCUUCAGACCUUCUCCUUGUGCAACACGCCUGCUGUGCCGCCAUUGAUGCCUCCGAGCCCUUCAGCUCCAGCACCUGCUAAUUAACACCCCGUCGUCGUAGAUCUUCAGGUGUUGACCGUAGUCUAUCUGCUGCUUCACCACAGCAGGCCGUCGUAAUCGUCUUUAUCUUUGGAUGUCAGUAAAUGUUAGUCUAGGGUUUUAGGAGUUGAUAAAUGUUAGUUUAGGGUUUUAGGAUGUGAGUAAGACAUUAUAGAUUAAGUACAUUCUAUGUAUUUUUUGUGGUACAUGGAAAAUAUCAAAUAAAU